UAUAUGCGAUAUAUACCCGAUAUAUACCCGAUACACACAGUAACACCGUAGUAACCAGCAAAGUCAGCAGGCGUAGGCGGAUUCGAAACCGUUGCACAACUGCAUUUCGACAGGAAAAACAAUAGGUCGUCGAAGAAGAGUACCCGAUCUGAACCCAAAGAGUGUUUAGAAACCAAUUUUCGAUGGGUUAAAAGGCCAAAAAGCGCAGAACUUAACCCUCUGGUGGUGCGGUGUGCGCCUGGUUUUUUUUAUUUGCGAAUUUCGCGUCGUCUGGUUUCCGUUCCCGUGGCCGUGCCAAAAAAAAAUCGAUAAUUCCGUGCUGUAUAAGUUACGGCGAAAGGUGUCCGUUCGGGAUUUGAGUUCGGGUGUUUUGAGUACUACGCGGAAGGACCAAGUGUGCGCGAAAGAGAUUGUAGGAAAGAGAGAUUGCCACUCACAAUACAAAACUCGAACCUACAAAUUCAAAGUUCGAGAACCAACAUCGGUUGUAACCGGUUAAAAAAUUGAAACAUUUGGAAAAACAUGUUUUAAAACAAUCUAAAAUCCCUAGUGUUAAGAGAACUAUCUUAACCGCUGCGGUUACUCGUUAACUACGGAUUUACAACCAAAGAGAGAGCGAGAGCGAGAACGUAAAUUGCAUUUUUGCACAAAAGGGAAGCGCCGCUUACACUUUACACGCGCGUAAAGAGAGCGGAGAGAGAAGAAGCGCAAAACGAAGCAGCGCGUAAAAAUAACAAACAAAAAUACAUGCGGAGGCGUAUAAAUAGAAACGGCGUGCAAGGCGCAACGGCAAAAAGUCAGUAGUAUGUAGUAAUAGUAGUAGGAACAGAAGGAGAAGCGGAAGGAGGAGAAGAAUAACGUCGACCGCGACGCCGACUGCGACUGCGGCGUCGUAGUAAGUUUUCUCCUCUGUGUGUGUGCGCGCUGCGUGGGUGCAUCGUUGUCGCAGUGUGCGUGCGGCAUGUGAAGCGAAUAAAGGCCAAAGCAGAAAAUCAUGAUAAAGUUUGUCAGGCAGAAAAAUCGAGAAAACACACUAAGGGCAACCAAAAAUUUUAUGCGUAAAAAGCGUGAAUCGAAUGACUCUGGCACAGAAUCUGAUGGUGAACUCCUCGAUGUGGAAAACCAACGUCACUUAGACGUGGAAAUGGAAACUAGUGUUGCUGGCCAAAAACCAAUCGCUCCUGAAAUGAUGUGUCACCAGCAGACGUCGUCAUCCUGUGCCCAUCUCAUGUACGACCAGCACAGUUCCGAGGAGGAGUUGGAGGUGAUCAACGGGCCGUCCUCGCAGGCGGGUCAGCAUCCCGGCGGAACGGCGGCCACGGGCUCCUCGUGCGCCUCCCGGAUCUCGAACCGCGGAUGCACUUCCUCGCUGGACACGGAGGCGCCCUACGAGGAGCGGGCCACCACCUCCAACUCGAAGCGCUCCAGCUCCACGCUGAUGGUGGAGAACCGCAAGCGAUCGCUGGCCCACAGCUCCGACGACGAGUUGCGCAACUCGCUGGAGCCGAUCUUGACGCCCGUGAAUUUUCGCACAUCGCCGCCAUUGGAGGCAUUCAAGCCAAAUCGUAGCCAUAUGAUGUUCCGCUCCACAACGCCACUGAUAUUAUCGGAGGCCCGAUGUGGCAUCGAAAAUAUUAAAUUAUGUGAUAAUAGUGUAAACGAGGAGAAUGGCGACAACGGCGGUGGCGGCAAUGGCAGCAAGUGUGCCAAGAUUGGUGUGGCAGGCGCCACCGGAACCGGAAACGGUGGCAACGAGAACGAACCGAGUGUGAUCAAGGCGUGCAGCAGCUCGCUGAAGAUGAGCAACAGCAGCCAUCACAUCUACCAGCCGCAGCCAAAGUACAGUUUCCACUACAAUAGCUCGCGGAGCAGUCCGGCCAGCACCACCGGACUGGACAUGGAGGUGCGAUCGGUCAGUCCGCCGGCGAAACUGUUCCACUGCGCCAUAUCGCCCAGGCGGCGACCCAGCAACAAUGCCACAACAAUAUCACCACCAUCAUCCGCAUCCGCAUCUGCAUCUGCAUCUGCAUCAGCCGCCUCAACAACAACGACACACAAUGCUGCCAAUUCCGCCGGAAAUGCGGCCAACGUCACCGCCGUCGCCACCCAGAGACUGCAGCGACCGCACCGGCCGUGUUUAGAUUUUGAUAAGAUGCAGCAGGUUAGUCUCUAAUGCUAACACCAGAGCAGCCGGAGAAGUCGGAAGAUCCGGAAUUCGUGGGAAUAGGACGAGCAGAUGGAUGGUCAGUGGAAACGGGGGGCAAAUCAAAGACUUUUUAUACGAACCAAACUGAACCUGUACUCGGAGAACAGCCUAGGGGUUGGUAGGAGACCUCGGCUUCAGCAGCAGCAGCAGCAAAUGAUUCAAGAUUCAGAUUCAGACAACAGAGGAAAAUAUCAUCAAAUCAAAUUAUAUAAAUCUAAAGGUAAUUCAAAUUUUAACGCAAACCAACAAAACCAAGAGAAACCUAAAAUUUACAAUAGAUGCAGCUAUUUUUUCACAA